UAAGAUCCCAGUCACCCGCGGGAUUUAUGAACUGUCAUGGCGGCGGUAUGAUGUGUGUAAUUCCCGGACGGAAAAAUCAAAUAUUGUGAAUCCAGUGCACUUACUCUCUUGUCGCCCCUACCGGCUAACAACUCUUAUUAAUUAUGAUACCGUUCGGUGCAGAAUCCACCUUCAUCACUAAAGUGCUUCUUUUUCUUUCGAAAAAUGAGUGAAUUCGUUGUGAGUUCUUCGUUCGUCUGGGCUUUUCGUCCUGUCAAGCGGCUAAUACUACCGGACGACCCAUUCUUUGAGGAGGGAAAUAUAUACUGUAACAUACUAAGAAAACAAAUUGAUCUGAGUGAUGACAUAGAUGAUUUGCUGGAGAGUGGCUGCUCAGGCUUCAAGUGCUCAAUUCCUGGGUGUGCAGAGGUAUUCAGAAGCAUUUCAAGGUUUGAUUCUCAUUACAAAACAUGCCAUUGGAAUGUUUGUCGAUACUGCAAGAAAUCCUUUCCAUCAAACCACCUCUUGGAAAUCCACAUCCUUGAAAACCAUGACACCCUAUUCCAGAUGAUUGCCAGGAAGUCCAACAUGUAUAGGUGUCUUGUAGAGAGUUGUCCUGACAAGUUUUCUUCGGAGAAUGAGAGAAAGGAUCAUCUCGUACAGUUUCACCACUACCCAGCAGAUUUCAGAUUUAACAGACCUAGCAGAACUCAGCGCAAGCUUCUGAACAGAAAAGAACAUUCUGCCUCUGAGCCCAGUACAAUGGAAGUAGAUUCCUCAUCAUCCAAGUUUUUCAUUCAGACAAUGCACGAAAGACCCACAGAGCAGAAACCACAACCCAAGCCAAGAAUGCCUGCAAAUAUCUGUUUUGGUCGUGGAUCUGCCAGGGUUUUCCAAAGGGGUAGCUUCUCUAAGAAAUCAGGCAAGAAAUCCAAGCAAAGGAACACAUACAAACCUGGGGCUCAAGUCGAUGAGGUUACAAUGAAGGAUGUGAGCUGAUACGAAAUACUGCAAGGGGCAAAUGAAAUGUUUUAGAAAGACACUUGUCAUUGAAGCUCUGAUCAUUUGUAAAAUAUAUUUUUUGUAAGGCUGUUGUAUUAAGCGCCAUACAGACGUGUCAACAUUUUUGGGCAAACAGCCAUCAGGACAUUACUGGCAAUGUUUGUAAACCAUGCUGAAAGGUGCUGUGAAGACACAGGUAGUAGACACAGACGUGUCGUUUGCCGAGCGUUGUGGUGACUGCUGUGCCGGCCGAUGUUCUCGUUGUUUCUGUUCUGCACAGCGCUCUUUCUACUCGCAUUGAAAUGCUUAACACAUACACCUUAUUCAUAAAACGUCAUUGCGAACGACGAAUGGGAAAUUUCAGUUUCAUGACCGAAAGUUGCUUAUGGAUAUUAAUUAUUCGAAUACUUUAAGGUUGUAAAUAAACAUGAUCGAUGUUAGAGCUAUGCAUCCAUGGCCUUUGAUACAUAUCGUUUCAUUGAUACAUAUUCUCCUGCAUUUGGUUGAAAUAUAAUAGAUCGAUUAUGCACUUCGGUCGUAGAACUUCCAUCUGACAAUCGACAAUUGCCGUUUGCAAUAACGUUUUUUAAAUAGGUGUAUUUGUCAACGUUUCAUAGAGACUAAAAUUUAUUUGGAAGGGUGACGCUCUUAAAAGUCUUACCUUCCUAUCAACCUGCGCACAAACACCGUAGGGACUGGUACGGAGUCUUGCCCGUGAGCCUUGCACGUGACAAGGACCCAUACCCCUCUCCCCUGAGGGAAGGACCACGGGAAAUCUUGAAACAUUUUUGAUGGCACCAAACACAACCUAUUUAUGAACAAGCCGGUGUGCAUCCUCUAAUGAAUGUCGCCAUGUUUCGGGGUAGUACCGCAAAAAAAAGGUAAUCCAUAGGCCGAGGCAUAUUGGGGCCGAGAGUGCGCGUGUAAACCGACCCAGUGCACCUCUCACCGUGCGCGCCACAGUUUAAAAUAUUAGCAUAUCCGAGUAAAUAAAAUGAAUAUCAGCCGCUAGCAGGCUGUGAAUAAUCAAAUAAAUACAUGAACGCCAGA